AUGUACCUGGUCGGGAAACUAGGAAACCGGCAGGAGGAUGCAUUUUCCCUGCCUGCCGGUUCAACUGGUUCUUCUCUCAUUUAUCUUCAUGAUGAACUCUCUAAUCGCCGUUUCCUGGUCGACACCGGAGCUUCUAUAUCUGUUUUUCCAUCUCCUACUUCAGACAAAUCUUUUGGCGUUCGGUUAAUCACAGCUGAUGGAUCAACUGUAACUUGCUCCGGGUCCAGAACUAUACCUCUACGUUUCGGAACAUGGAAUUGUUCCUGGACGUUCCGGUUAGCACCAGUAUCUGUUCCUAUCCUUGGUGCAGAUUUUCUUCGACAUCAUGACCUGAAUGUGAGCGUGAGCAGGAAGAAAGUGUUCUCUGACAGUUCUUUUAACGGUUGUAAGAUUGAGCUGCCAACUUCUGAUCCGUCUCCAACCUCAUCUUUCCAGGCAGCGUUCCUCUCUACUCCACAAUGCGUCUCAGACCUCCUGAGUGAGUUUCCUGAUGUUCUACAAUCCGAUGGUUUCACUGCUUCUACUCCACGUCACAAGGUUCGUCAUCACAUUCUUACCAACCCUGGCCCGCCGGUUUUCUCCAAAGCUCGCCGAUUGGAUCCUGCUAAACUUGCUAUAGCUAAAGCUGAGUUCUCCCCCAUGGAAAAAGGCAGGCAUUAUCUGCCGUUCUACUUCACCCUGGGCUUCUCCACUACAUAUGGUCAAGAAGAAGGACGGAGGAUGGAGACCCUGCGAGUCAGUGGUUCAACUAUCUUCUCCAAGUUAGAUCUCCAGAAGGGAUAUUACCAAGUGCCAGUAGCGGAGGAGGACAUCGAGAAGACCGCCAUCAUCACUCCUUUCGGGAUGUUCGAGUUCCUGAAUGUUAAACAUCAAAGGAUUCUCAAUUCCCUAUGCAUGGAAGAUAACUGCAGUUAUGGAUCUAACAGUUUGAUGGUAAAGGUUUUCGACCUAAACGAGUUAUCCAAGGACGCUGAGAACAUGGGAGAGGCUAUGCUUGUGGAACUCAAUCUGUUUGGAUUUUUCUCCUGA